AUGAGGAACGCCGUGUCCAAGUUAGUCGGCGAGAACAAGCCGGCGAUGAGCGACGUCGAGGCGACCGCGCCCGAGGCCAUCAGCGCCGUCAUGGAACGUCUCCUGGCCCAGACGUCGAUGGAAGGCGUCGACGCGCUCGUGCGCGAGAGCCCGUCCGCCGCGGCCGUCUUCCGCAGGAGCGAGAACAAGCUCCGCAUCCUCCGCGGCCUUGUCGCGCCCCUGGCAUGGGAGGACGCCGUCGCCUGCGUCGACCGCCGCCUGCGCAGGGGCAAGAGGGCGCGGCGGGCCUUCGACCAGGACUACGCAGACGGCACCGUGUCGAGCCUCCCUGCCCACCAACAUGACGGUGAUACCGCCGCUGACACGACAUCGGGUGCCGCGCCCCCGGCAUACCAAGGAGGCAGGCGGCGGGGUGGUCCCGGGGUGGCGGCGGCGACGGACCGCGGGCAGUGGGACCUCGACGACCUCUGUGAGCUGGUCCGCAUCGUCGACAGGCUCCUCGCCCGGCCUCGCCAGAAAACCUACCCGACCUUCGCGGCCUGGGAGGCUUCGUGGCGGUGCGCCAACCCCCGCCGCGACGUACACGCCUACCGCCCCACGACGGUGCCCGGCCGCAACGCCACCGACGACUGGACCCUCCGGGACCCCGACGGCGGCGGCGAGAAGCGGCACUACGAGGCGCUCUGCCGUGACCACGGGACCGAGGACCCCGAAAACUUCGAGUACGCCUUCCGGCGCCACACGAGGCUCGAGAGAGAUUCCGACAAACUUGUAAGGUCCUAG